AUGGGCUCCGCCCGCAACGUGGUUCCUCCAUGGGGUGGUGACGCACGCUUGGGCGACCGCGUUUUGAAGCACGUGCUCAGCGUAUUGAAAGCCAGGGACGAGGCCUACGGACAGGACCAGGUCAGCCACGAGGUUUCCGUUUUCGACCCCGUCGAGGUCUUCGGUCCGGGCGGGGCGCUUGAAGGUGAUGGCCAUCUCACUACGCCACACUUCUUCCUGAAGGCCGGCACGAACGCCAAGAUGGAUGAGAUGCAGGCCACCAUCAAGGCGGCCGAUGGUUACGUGGUGGUCACAGCAGAGUAUAACCAUUCCUUGCCGCCUGCGCUGACCAGUUUGAUGGGACAUUUCGGUGGAUCGAACUACAAGUGCAAGCCCUCCUGCAUCGUGACCUACAGCCCCGGUCCCUGGGCGGGCAUGCGCGCGGCCAUGGCGGCGCGCCCUUUCCUUUCAGAGCUCGGCUGCAUCCCCGUGAGCAAGCUGGCGGCCUUCCCUGCGCCAAAUGAGCUUUUCGACGAGGAAGGUGCACCAAAGGAUCCCGAGGCGCGCAUGCUCAAACAGCUACCGGCCAUGGUGGGCGAGUUGGAGUGGAUGGCACUCGCAAUGAAGAAGAUGCGCGACUCCGACCCGUCUCCAGAUGCCAUCGCGGACCUGGCACGGCGACGUCUCACCAGCCAGGAUCUCGGACCCGAGGUCGCGGAGAAGGGCCUUGCUUCCUUCGCUGGGCCUUUCUGCACCGGCUUCGGCGCAGGUGAGUACGCUUCUCUCUGGUCAGAGGUCCUGGCUGCGGACGUCUUUGAGACUUUCAGCAAGGCCGCCCCCGAGGAGCUGCCGGAGCUGGGGCGGCGCUUCCGAGAGGCCUUCCUGGAGCCCGGCGCCGGCAGAGCGCCGCUGACUGCCUUCCGCGACUUCCAGGGCCGAGUUCCCAAGGUGGUCCCACUACUCCGACGUUUGAAGCUCCAGGGCUCCUCGAGCUGA